UCGUGUUCUUGUUGACUUCCGCUUCUCGGUUUCGAAGCGUUUGUCCAUGUGGUUUUCUGUCUGAUCAGCUCAGUAACUCGGCUGUCCUCGUUAAUUUAUUUUUUUGGCUUCUGCUUCUUAAAGUCAUCCGCUGUCACCGAACAUGUCGGGCGGCGGCAGCUCCUUGUUCUCUGGGUUUCGGGUUCUGGGACUUUACUCCAGCCACGUGCCUCAUGCAAUCCGGUACCACAAGAAACACCGGGAGUUUUACCUGGUCACCGCGGUCGGUAAACGCUUCCACACAUACAACGUCAACAGGUUGGGGAUUGUGGCCAUCAGUAACAGCUUAGCAGAUGACAUCACGUGUGUGGCGGCCGACAGGAUGCUGGUGUUUACUGCCACUGGGCGACUUGUCUGUGCCUUUGCUAGAAACAAAGAGGUUGUUAUGCGUUACCAUGGUCACCACCACGAAGUGCGUUUACUGCUUCCUUUGGGUGAUCAGCUCAUCUCCUCCGACUCUGGCGGUGAUGUCAUUGUCUGGGACGUCCAGGGAGGGGAUGUGUACCUUCGGCUGCAGUUUGACCCAGAAACGUUCGAUGUAUCAGCCAUGAUGCACCCAAGCACGUAUAUAAACAAGGUGUUACUGGGAAGUUCCCAGGGUGCACUGCAACUGUGGAACAUCAAGACCAGUAAGUUGUUGUUCACAUUUCCUGGCUGGUCAUCAGGGGUUACAGCUCUGCAGCAGAGUCCUGCAGUGGAUGUGGUCGGCAUUGGCACAGCUACAGGCCGCAUUAUCAUUCACAACAUCCGAAUGAACGAGACACUGAUGGGCUUCACUCAGGACUGGGGUCCAGUCUGCUCGCUUGCUUUCAGAACAGAUGGAGCGGCAGUGGUGGCGUCUGGCAGUCCUCAGGGCCACAUUGCAUUCUGGGAUUUGGAGCGUCGUCAGCUGGUGACUCAGCUGAGAAACGCCCACAGCACGGCCAUCGCAGCAGCAACCUUUCUGCAUGGAGAGCCGCUGUUGGUCACCAAUGGAGCCGACAACGCCAUCAAGGUGUGGCUAUUUGACCAAGAAGGAGGUGGAGCCAGGCUGCUGCGUUAUCGACAGGGCCACAGUGCCCCACCCACCACCAUUCGUCACCAUGGUAACGACGGGAAAAACAUCCUCAGUGCUGGCCAGGAUGGGAAGCUGCAGUCUUUCUCCACCGUCCAUGAGCGUUUCAACAAGAGUCUGGGACACGGCUCCGUUAACAAGAAGAAGGAGCGUAAGAGGAAGAAGGGUCUGCUGUAUGAGGAGCUGCGUCUCCCGCCAGUCACCACCUUCUCCUCUGCUGCUGCUCGCCAGUCAGACUGGGACAGCAUUGUUGCCUGCCAUCGUGGUUGCCCAGCAACCACUACGUGGAACUACCAAAGAUCUACUAUGGGAGCCUACCACCUGCAGCCACCCUUGCCUUGCAGGGAUUCUGCUGCCACGGCUGCUGACAUCACUUCCUGUGGUAACUUUGCUGUGAUUGGCUCUUCCUGUGGCUGUGUUGACGUAUACAACCUGCAGUCGGGUCUGCACCGCGGUUGCUUUGGUGAUGGGAAAGCUCACAGCGGUACCGUGCGAGGCGUUGCCACGGAUACCCUAAACCAUCUGACACUUACUACGGGCUCUGAUGGGCUGCUUAAGUUCUGGCGUUUCAAAAGCAAGAAGCUGGAAGAAGAGCUUAGGCUAAACGCUGCUCCAGCUAGCAUGGUUCUUCAGAGAGACAGUGGGAUGCUGGCAGUAGCGCUGGAUGACUUCAUGCUGCUUGUGGUCGACAUAGAAACCAGACGCAUCGUCAGGAGGUUCUCGGGGCACCAUGGCAGCAUUACAGACAUGACGUUCAGCCCUGACGGCCGCUGGUUGAUCACCGCUGGUAUGGACUGCACCAUCCGGACCUGGGAUCUGCCCUCUGGAUGUCUUGUCGACUGUUUCCUGGUUGCCAUGGCACCAGUGAGUGUGUCAGUGUCACCAACUGGAGACUUCCUAGCAACAGCUCACGUGGACAGUCUGGGUGUUUACCUCUGGACCAAUCAGAGUCUGUGUGGCCCCGUGCGUCUUCGGCCUCUUCCGGCCGACUAUCAGCCAGCGGUGGAAAUGUUACCGGGAGUUUUGGCCGAUGAGGCGGAGCACGAAGUGACACUGGAGGAGCACAUUGAUGUUUACCAAUCAGCUGAGCAGCUCGGAUCCGAGCUGGUCACUCUGUCUCUUUUGCCGGAGUCUCGUUGGAAAAGUCUGCUGCACCUGGAUGACAUCAAGAGGAGGAACAAACCUGCGACUGCCCCCCUUGCUCCAGCUGCAGCUCCAUUCUUCCUGCCAACACUUCCUGGUCUCACGCCAUGCUUUGCACCGGCUACGGCAGCAGAGCAGGAGAACCAGUCCAGGGUGCUGAGAUGGGGGUCGCUGGCUCAGAGUUCGGAGUUCACUUCUGCUCUGGAAGCAGCUCUCGAUUCUGGAUCAUUUGAGCGUCCAGUCCGUCUCCUGAAGGAUUGUGGGCCAGCAGCGAUCUCUGUCGAGCUUACCUGUCUGAUCCCAGAGGGGGGUGGAUCCAGCCUGCGCCUUCUUGCCUUCAUCCACAUGAUUGACAGCAUGUUGUCCACUGGGCGGGACUUUGAUCUGGCUCAUGCCUACUUGGCACUUUUCCUGAAGCUCCAUCUUCGCUCGCUGUCUCAAGAUGCCAAUGCCAUGGUGGCAUUGCUCCGCCUCUCUUUGCGUCUGGAGACAGUGUGGGCGGAGCUUCGCAGUUCUUUUGACCAGUCGCUGUGUCUUCUGUCGUACGCCAAGAGCGCGCUGCUGUGACUUAAUGAUUCCUCUAUUAAAUGUAUGUGACAUUGAA